AUGUCGACAAAAGAGAAUAAAGCAUACACAGCACUUGAUCAAAGCUCCAUGCCCAAUUUCAACUCUUCCUGGGUAAACUACAAAGGCGCGUGGAUAACAACAAUCUUUGUCGCCGUUGCAUUGAAAGCAUUAUUCACAGUUAUACCAUUCAUCACACCGGAAGCGAGUUGGACUUUAACAAACUUGUCCUUUAACUUUGGCCACUAUAUCAUGUUUCAUUGGGUUCAAGGUAUACCAUUCGAGAACAAUCAAGGAGCUUACGAUGGAUUGACAUUAUGGGAACAAAUCGACGGUGGCGUGCAAUUUACAGCAACUCGUAAAUUUUUAACUGCUGUGCCAAUUGUAUUAUUUCUAUUAAGCACGCAUUAUACACACUACGAUGUGUUUUUAUUCGGUAUUAAUUUCACGGCACUCAUGGUGGUAUUGGUUGCAAAGUUACCUGUCAUGCAUCGAGUUCGAAUCUUUGGCAUCAAUAAGCUGGAUUAUGAGAUGGAUUGA